AUGAAACCAAUUAAUGUAAAUUCCACUUCUCAGAACUUUAUGUUAAAUCCAAUAGUCCCACAGACUGCUAAAAGCGCUCAAGAGCACAAAUCUUAAAAAUCUAGAGAUGGACAUAUGCAAAGGAGCAUGUAUGGUAGUCAAAUGAUUGGAAGUAAAAUAGCAAAGUUAUAAGAUACUGGAAAUUUUUAUGCAAAAAAAAUCGAGUAGGAAACAGUGAGGCUCGAACACAUAGAAAAAGAAAUUGAGAAAACAGAAAAAAUCUUGCAAGAUAAGAGAAAAGAUAUUAUGAAUAAGAAGAAAUCGACUAGCGACAGCGAUCCUUAUGUCUUAUAAAAAAAGAUAAAAUCUAUGCAUAUGAAAUUAGAUUAUUUAAAAAAGAAAUACAACGAAUCAUUGGCCAAUAAUGAUUCAUUAAAAGAUGAAAUAAAUCAUCUUAGAAGGGAAAAGAAUAUUUUUGAUAAUAUUUACAUAGAACUAAAGCAAGAAUUGCAUGAAAAAAAAGAAUAACUUAAAAAAGUACUUUAGGAAUCUCAAAAUGCAAAAGAAGAAAUUGAAAAGGGUAAACAAAGACUUGAAAAAUAUAAAAUAGAAGCUGAUAUUGAAAAAAAGAAAUUUGAAAAAGAGUUUGAAAGCGUUUAUUAAACAGCAUCUGACACUGAGAACAGAGACGAAAGGUUAAAAGAAAAGUUCAUACUAGGAUCUAAUAAGCAGUAAUAAUCCCAAUACUAAGAUAACUCCAGAAGCCCAUCUCCUUUCGACAGAAGUGCGUACGAUUUUGAUAAUUAUAAAAUGAUAUCUGCAGGAGCAACAGGAAUGAGCACAACCAAAAAGAAAGACAAAAAUAAGAGAAACUAAGAAAAGGAAAACAUGCAUUUAGAGAAUUUAAAAUAAGAAGUAGCUCAAUAUGAAGAUAUAUUUAAAAGGUUGAUGGAAGAAACAGGAACUUAAGAUAUGUCUAAAAUAGUGAAAACAUUUGUCGAUUAUGAAAAUGAAAACUAUUCUUUAUUUAAAUAUAUAAACACUCUUAGAGAUGAUACUGAAACGCUUAUGCAAUAGAAAAAGCAGCUUUAAUAACAAAUAGAUAUGUAUAAAAAUAAACCAUAACAAUACAGAUAAGAGCCAAAGACAAUUAAGUUUAUGGAAUUAAAAAAAGAGCUAGAAACAAUAGAGUAAUAAAAAGAAAAAUACAAAAAAAAGCAUGAAACUGUUUAAUCUUAAUUGGAUACUUUGAAAAAAAAUAUUCCUGUUAUGUUUGAAAACAUAGGUUGUUUAGAUAAAGAGUAUUUAAAAGAAAUACCUAAAAAUAACGAUGGAACAUUGUAGGAAAUAGAUGACAGUAAUAUGCUUCUGUACUUAGCGGCUAUAGAAAGAAGAACAAAUGAUUUGUUAUAACUUUAUAAUGAAAUUUAUAAAUAGAAAUCCUCUUAGGUUGAAACAAAAUCUAAAAUAGCAGCAGAAGAAAGCAAUAUAUCCAGCUCACAUUUCAUUUAAAAAAAUAUCAAAUUUGAUGAUUUAGAUACAGUUUUAAUACCGUUGGGCGAUGAAUUUAAAAAUAAUUAUGACAAAAUUAAGGAAGAAAAAAGGAACAAAGAGUAUCAAAUAGUUAAUGAGAUUAUAAAAGAGAAAAAUUUCAUGGAGUUAAAAGACUUUUAAGAAAAUGCAAAAAAUGAAUUCAAAAAAAUAUAAUCUAAAUAAAAAAUAAUUAAAAAAAAAUGA